AUGUCCUACUUCCGAAUCACCCUCGUCCGCUCCGCGAUCGGUCUGCCCCGCCGAACAACAGACGUGCUCAAGGCGCUCGGUCUCAAGAAGCGUAUGGGCACCGUUUUCCACCCCGUCUCGUCGUCCGUGGCCGGUCAGAUCAUGCGCGUCAAGGAACUCGUCGAGGUCAAGGAGGUCGAUAGACGGUUAUCGAAGCAGGAGAUCCAUUUGGAGCGGAAGCCCGAUCCCGGAUACUAUCUUGAGACGCAGGCGCGUCAUGUGUGGAACUCGGAGACUCGGAAGCAAUGA